AAUGAAUUAUUGGGAAAUUUAUCAGCUAAAAAAAUUAUGUAAACCAAUAAAAAUUGCGCAUUUGAACUAUUCAGUAUGUUUUUGUCCUCUCACUACACGCACGAUCUAAUAAACGACUGCUCAUAAAUCAGUGUUUAUUUUUAGCGCACCAAACACACAGCGAAGAUUUUGGGAUAUUUUUUUUCUAUUUUUGUGUGAAAAAAGUCAACCAAGUGGAUCCAUAUAAACAAUAAAAACUCAUAAAAAAUGUCGUUCAAUCAGUGAAUCACACUAAACAAUCUGAAAUAUCGAAAAUUACCCGAAACUUUCUUGUCUUUCAAAAUCAACAAUUGGAAAGGAGUGGAUCGGAGGCAUCUGCAUCAUUAAAAACUUCACCUUGAAAAACUUGAAUUGUACAAAGUGACAAAUUGCAAUAAUCAGUGAUCACAUAAUUAUUUCACGAACCCAGGGGGAAUAUUAAUAGACUCAAUAGUGGUCAGUCAACAAUUCUUCUAUUUUUCAUUGAGAUAAGCUCAUUGACAUGACUUACGUUCUAAUAUCUCCAACGAAUGACUAAAAAAAAAUAAAUAGCAAAAUCGUGCCGUUGAACGUUUAUUGCCUUUUUAAAAGUGGUAAAUUCCGGGAAAGAAAAAAUUAUCAGUUGUGGCGAGUAUUGAAUUAGCCAGACGUAGUGAUACUUUUUUCAUCAGUUAUCAGCUUGGGGAAUUUUGUGAUAGAUACACAAAACAUCUAGAUAUAUAUCGAAAAGGUUCUCACGUUUACCGGUAUAGUAUCGUGGUACACCUUGAUUUUUGUGUUUAACUUAAUCAACGAUUUGUAAAAAAGAAUGUUCUUCUCUCAACCAACCUCAAACCAACCUUAACCAUUUGCUAACGAUCCAGAAACAACUCCAAAUCCCUUUGUAAAUUUUUCACAGUCCCUUCGACAAUUCUGCAUCGCAACGAAUUAGUGUAUUCUAUUUGUACCUCUGUUAUUGAAUUACCAGUUAUUUUUAAUCGAAUUUGACAUUGUAAAAUUUGCGAAAGUCACUUGAAACUUUUACGUGAUUUUCAUCAUGUAUAUAACGUGCAAGUGUCUUAAUGUCUCAAUCAAAACAAGGGGAAAUCAGCUGGGGGAUUUCACACAGGAAAUUCAUGACUUUGAGAGGGCUGAUCCAUUCUUCCAGCAAAAUUUGGCCACUGCAACAGAGCUGGAGGGAAUUAGCAAGGAACAAUCGGGUCUCGUUGAAGGCAGAAAUGUCGGCUCUUGGGUGGUGAAUCGUUGUCUAAAUUGUUCUGUAUAUACACAUGCUGUUCACAGAGAGCAUGGGGCUGCUUUGGUUGUGAUUAACACUAACAUGGUGAUGUCUUCCGAGGAGAUCGAGAAAUUAAAAACUAGUCCAAACUACAGUUCAAUAUUCAGGGUAGUAAUAGAUCAUGGUUUGGAUGAUGGUGAUCUCCUCGAAGCACCAACUAAAUAUUCCGUCUCCCAAUUGUCGAGCAAUCUACAAUUGGCACUGACAAAUCUCCAGCAGCAAUUGGAGCAGGUUGUUCACAGGAAAGCAGCGGAGACUGAAGAGAAAAUUCGCACUUUGACAGCUGAACAGCACCAGCUACUGGAGCAAUUUCGAGAACAAGCUCACACGGAGCAUCGACUAUUGGCGAGAAUAAUCUGUGAUCAGCAAAAAAACAAAUCAACAAACGGUGUAAAUUCCAAUGUUCCAAUGACUGAAAAUCCCGCAGCUAAUUCGAUUACAUCUCCCUUAAAAUUUAAUAGCCCGAGAUCCAAUGUUUUAUCCAAGUCUGGGAUGGGAGGAGAUAACAUUCGACAUCAGGCAGCUACUAAACACCCAACCCAAAUUCACUUG